AUUGUAAUUUAAUUGGCAGCCAGCCAUGCAGGACACUAGUUUGCAGCCUAUGUUGCAGCACAGCCACUGUAUUGUUUCAAAUUAGGUAAUUAUCUAGACUGGACUCUGCAGUGUCUUGAUGCCUAGUUCAAGCUAACUCAUCAUCUCUGAACGUUCUUGUGUUCUCGCUUGUCAGUGUACAGCAGAACAUAGACCAUUACAGAGGGCAUUCUCAUAUGUAUUACAGAUCUUGUAACUUCCUAAGAAAGCAUACUACUAAAGAUAAUGUCUCGACUGGAGAAGACGGCCUGGAAACACACUGGAGUCCCUCUAGCCAUUAGUGGCUCAGUCAAUCUCCCAGAGAUCUCAAGCCCUUUGAUAAACGAUCCGUUACUACUACAAGACGAGACUACAAUUGAUGACAACCUCUCCCCUACACUCUCAAUAGAUAGUGGUCGCUCGACCAGCUCUGAGCUCUGGCCAUCUCAUAAAUACCUGCUCUAUGGAGGACCAGGAUUUUCGAUAGCUACUCUGGAUUCAAGCAACGGCUAUAUCAAUCGAAUCCCCGUUCCUGUACCGCUUCCCUCGCCGUCUGAUACCCCACACACACAGUUCAGCCUGAGCACAGUGACAGCACUGGAUGUGAUUGGAGAGUGUCAAAUAUGGGCAGGCACUGAAUCGGGAUCAAUCCACGUCCUGGAGUUGAACUCUGAGCACAGAUUCCACGGACACUCACUCACAAACUUAUCAGAUUCCAUCACGUGCAUACACUCACGGCAACAAACCAGCUCUCCAGGGCAAAAAUCAAGAGUUGAUGUGCUAAUUGGAUGCUCAAAUGGCAACUUGACUAUCGUAUCUGGACAAACAAACCAGAGGGGAGGACUCAAAAACAGUUUGAGAAGCCCGAGAAAGGUCGUACCGCUUGGUGGGUAUGGUGGAAGUGAGGCGAUCAACUGUGUGACGUUUGUGAUGUGUGAUGAUGUGGAGAUGUGCUGGUGUGCCUGUGGAGCAAGUGUGGUGAUUCUCCGAUGCUCUGAUUGGAAAGAGCUGGCUCGCUUCAAUGCUCACAGCGACUCUCCCCCUGAGGAGCUAGUCUCGACAUUGGAAGUGUCCACACUGCUCGGGACUGAGAUAGGAGUCUGGUCAAGUCUCUCCAAGUCCUCUGCUGUGACUCUUUGGGACAAGCAAAAGUUAUCGCCCAAGAUGACCAUAGUGUGCUGGGACUCACACUCGAUUGCUGGCUGGCUAUUGGACUCCUCGGCGCAAAUCUCCGCUCUCAGCUACUUUCACCCGCUACUCUUUGCUGGAACAAGAGGUGGCCAUUUGAUGGUGUUCAGAAUUACGGAGGAGGAGAAAGCCGGGCACAGACUAAUAGCGGGAACACACUGCAGCUCUAGCCCAAUUGUUGAUAUUCACCCCACCCUUAUCAAUACGGACUUCCCCUCCCCUUCCACACCCACUCCUGCCGUCAAUAUCCUCAUUAUCUGUGGAGAUACUUCUGAAUCAAUGUCUAGCGGCUCUGCACAUCUAUACGAGCUUAUCUCAUCGCCCUACCAGUCCCCCCUCACAAGCCCCAUGAGCAUCACUGGUCGACUCUCUGUGACAUCCACAGCUAGUACACCAACGUCCAUGUCCCUCAAGAGACUAAGCAUCAGCGAAUGUGGCUCCCUCCCUCCACUUGACCUAGCAGGAGCAUUUCAUAAGUCUAGAACUUUAUUACCUCUCGGAACUGACUGAAUUGCACGUGCAUUAUUUAUAUAUCAUCAUCCCUCACUCACUUUUGUGUCUGCUUUAUAAUUAUAAUUAUAGUUGACAGUACAUGCUCAUACAUGUUCAAUAUAA